AUGCAUGUCCAAUUCCCACCCAAGCUUGCUGUCCUCCAGGCUUUCUGGGAUGAAAAGUUAGGUGCAAGCUCCCCUGGAACUUGCCUCUGCCAGAAGAGUCCUGGCAGCAUGGAUGAGGAGGAAUCUCUUGAGUCCAAGACACAAGAUGACACAACAGAGUUAGCAACUCACAGCAGUGAUGACAUGCUCUACUGUGAAGCCGAAGCACCCUCCAAUGUCGAGAAAGAGAAAACAACCCAGGAGGACUCAGAAACAGAUCUGGAGAUUGAAGAUACAGAGAGGUACUACACCACUGGACAGAAGGAGCUAUACCUGGAGGCCUGCAAACUGAUGGGUGUUGUGCCUGCCUCCUACUUCUUACGCAACAUGGAAGAGCCCCACAUGAAUCUCAACCACCAUGGGCUGGGCCCCAAGGGUACCAAGGCCAUUGCUAUAGCCCUGGUGUCCAACACAACCAUCAUCAAGCUGGAACUGGAAUAUAACUGCAUCACAGAAGAGGGUGUUCUGAGCUUGGUGGAAAUGCUGCAAGAGAACUACUAUCUCCAAGAAUUGAAUAUUUCCAACAAUAAGAUUGGAUUGGAAGGGGCUAAGAUCAUCUCAGAUUUCCUCCAGGGAAAUACCUCUUCACUCUCAAAACUGAAGCUUUCAGGAAAUAACUUCAAGGAAGACUCUGCAGUACUCUUAUGCCAAGCCAUGUCGUCCAAUUACCGAAUUAAGACAUUGGCUCUCAGUCACAACGACUUCUCUGAUAUAGGAGGAGAACAACUGGGACAAAUGCUAGGCUUCAAUGUAGGGCUCCAGUCGCUGGAUCUAAGCUGGAAUCACUUCCACACACAGGGAGCUAUAGCCUUGUGCAACGGUCUCCGGACUAAUGUGACCCUGAAGACACUGGAUCUCUCCAUGAAUGGCCUUGGGAAUGAAGGGGCCCUAGCCCUAGGGGAAGUCCUCAAAAUCAAUUCCUGCCUUUGCUACUUGGAUGUCAGCAGUAACAACAUCAAUAAUGAAGGGGCCACUAGGAUCAGCAGGGGCCUAGAACUCAAUGAAACCCUCCAAGUGCUGAAGCUUUUCUUGAACCCUAUGAGUAUGGAAGGAGCAGUUGUACUUAUCAUGUCCAUCAAGAAAAACCUCAAAUCCAAGAUGGAAGAGCUGGACAUUGCUAAUGUGCUGGUAACUGAACAGUUCAUUCGAAUACUGGAUGGGGUAUGUGCCAUCCACCCCCAACUGGAUGUGGUGCACAACACAAUGCAAGGGAUCUCCACCAGGAAAACCUUCUUGAAGUGGACAAAUCCUAUGAAACUGAUCCAGAGCUAUGCAGAUGAGCAGAAAAUCACAGUUUUGGAGUUCCUCAAGAGCUUGAAUCCUACAGGAUCAACGACAAUGCCUGUGGGCGAGUUCCGGAAAGCUCUGGUACAGCAAAACAAGGUCCCUAUAAACCGUUACCAAGUCAGAGAGUUGAUAAAGAAGCUGGAUGAGAAGAAAGGCAUAGUGGACUUCAGGAAAAGGUGA